AUGAAAGACCUGGUAACUGCAUUAUCACUAGGAGCAGAAGCUAUUCUAAGAUCCGACGAAGGGUGUUUGGACAUAGCGAAAGAGACGGAGGAAGCAGCCAGGUAUAUAGCACAUAAUCUGGAUGAGAGAGAAGAAUUAGUCGACAUUGAAGACGAUGAGACUAUAUUCGAAGCAUUGUCAACAUUCUGGGAUGGACUAGCGCAAGCUUUCGAUCCCAGUCAAGCGGCCAAUAACGAUAGGAAAGGAUGGGCAUCAGAGGAUUCGAGGAUCCAACUUGCUUUGGCAUUGGGUAAACUGGAGAGGAAUUUGAUAGCUGGGAUACAAGCAUUCCAAGAUAGAGCUGAACAGCAUGAAUUAUCGAUAAGAAGGUUAAUAUUCAAUAUCUCGACCUUCGUUCGAAUUGAAGAUCCGAACUUUUUCACAUUCCAAUCGGUACUUGCUCAACUACUAUGUAAUCUCAUCUCGCCGUCCACCUCUCAAUCAGGUGCAGACCGGAUGGCGGAUAAAUACCUUAAAAUCUAUCUUUCCGGACAAAGAGAUGACGAUGUGAUGAUACGUUUACUCGACUCGAGGGAUACAAAGACCAAUCACGCUACUUUGCAUCUACUCAAUAACAUCGUGAGAGGUAGUGAAGCUAGAUUGAAAUUGCUUCUGUCAAAACCCGGUAUAAGGUGGUUAUCCAAGAUUCUAAAUCGGAUGGACGAAUGGGUAGAAAUCCAUGACGGUCUAUUUGAACUCGGCGCAUCAAUGUUCAAUUCUCUCAUUGAUCUUUCUCUCCAUCCUCAACUAUUCGAUCUCCUCGGCACGACCUCAGAAGUAAUCACACCUUCUCAAACUGUCUUAUUAAAGAUACUCGACUCUCACUUAUCAUCUUCCCGACAUUCACCUCCUUCUCCAAGUCCACAUUUAUUCCUCAUACCGCUUUUCCACAAUCUAUCGAGGUACACGACGAUAAGUAUCAAUUCGGGACAGGACGAUCCGAGGUUGCCUAAAGUGUUCGAAGGGUUGAUAUUGGUUUGUGAAGGGUUGAGUGCUAUUGGUCUGUCGGUUCAGGCUAGGAAAGAUUCCAAGGACAUCGUAGAUGAUGAUUUAGCGGGAGAUGAGGAUAUGGUGAAGGUGAUGAAGAGCAGUGAAGAUGGAGAAGGUGUGGUCAAACCUUCCAUAGAGCUUCUCCGUUCUCUCGACAAAUUCUUCCCCCGUAUCAAUCCUCGAAUACAACCCACCUCUUCAGCCACGAUCACACCGAUAUCAGAAGAACUAAAACCGUUCUCCAAUCUAAAACGGAAUAUAGUCCAACUACUCGGUGUACUGACUUUCGAAGAUACCUCAGUGGGAGAUCAGGUCAGAGAAUGUGAGGGUAUACAAUUGGUUUUGGGAAUGACGGAGAUUGACGAAAAUAAUCCUUAUCUUCGAGAGCACGCUCUGCUUUGCGUGCGCAAUCUUAUGCUAAACAACCCCGACAACCAGGCCAUCAUAACACAAAUGAACCCCGUCGGAGUCCUCUCACCGGAGAACGGCGAGAUCUUACCCGUGCCAGAGAAGAUGAAAAAGAAGUCAUAG